GCGCAGCUCACGUGACAGGCGCUGCCGGCCGCGGGGUCUUCUUCGUGCCGGCGUCGCAGUGGCCGGGCCUCUUGCGUCUGGGAACGCCGCCGUCUCUCACGCCAGCCCUUGGCUCCCGCGCCCCGCCGCCGCCCCCGCGCCCGGCAGUCCGCUGCCCAACCGCCGCCUGCGCCCCCGCUCCCUGCACCGUACCCGGCCGCCUCGCGCCAUGGCGGCCCCCGGCAGCGCCCGGCGGUCCCUGCUGCUGCUGCUGCUGCUGCUCGGCCUCACGCAUUGUGCAUCAGCAGCAAUGUUUAUAGUGAAAAAUGGCAACGGGACCGCUUGCAUAAUGGCCAACUUCUCUGCUGCCUUCUCAGUGAACUACGACACCAAGAGUGGCCCUAAGAACAUGACCUUUGACCUGCCAUCAGAUGCCAAAGUAGUGCUCAACAGCAGCUCCUGUGGCAAAGAGAACACUUCUGACCCCAGCCUCGUGAUCGCUUUUGGAAGAGGACAGACACUAACCCUCAAUUUCACAAGAAAUGCAACUCGUUACAGCGUCCAGCUCAUGAGUUUUGUUUAUAACUUGUCAGACACACACCUUUUCCCCAAUGCAAGCUCCAAAGAAAUCAAGACUGUGGAAUCUAUAACUGACAUCAGGGCAGAUAUAGAUAAAAAAUACAGAUGUGUUAGUGGCACCCAGGUCCACAUGAACAACGUGACCGUCACGCUCCACGAUGCCACCAUCCAGGCGUACCUUUCCAACAGCAGCUUCAGCAGGGAAGAGACGCGCUGUGAACAAGACAGGCCUUCCCCAACCACAGCGCCGCCUGCGCCACCCAGCCCCUCGCCCUCACCCGUGCCCGAGAGCCCCUCUGUGGACAAGUACAACGUGAGCGGCACCAACGGGACCUGCCUGCUGGCCAGCAUGGGGCUGCAGCUGAACCUCACCUAUGAGAGGAAGGACAACACGACGGUGACAAGGCUUCUCAACAUCAACCCCAACAAGACCUUGGCCAGCGGGAGCUGCGGCGCCCACCUGGUGACUCUGGAGCUGCACAGCGAGGGCAGCACCGUCCUGCUCUUCCAGUUCGGGAUGAAUGCAAGUUCUAGCCGGUUUUUCCUACAAGGAAUCCAGUUGAAUACAACUCUUCCUGACGCCAGAGACCCUGCCUUUAAAGCUGCCAACAGCUCCCUGAGAGCCCUGCAGGCCACCGUCGGCAACUCCUACAAGUGCAACGCCGAGGAGCACGUCCGCGUCACGAAGGCCUUUUCAGUCAACAUAUUCAAAGUGUGGGUCCAGGCUUUCAAGGUGGAAGGUGGCCAGUUUGGCUCUGUGGAGGAGUGUCUGCUGGACGAGAACAACAUGCUGAUCCCCAUCGCUGUGGGCGGCGCCCUGGCGGGGCUGGUCCUCAUCGUCCUCAUCGCCUACCUCGUCGGCAGGAAGAGGAGUCACGCCGGCUACCAGACGAUCUAGCCCGGCAAGCAGGCACAGCAGCUGCAGGGGCCUCUGUUCCUUUCCCUGGGCUUAGGGUCCUGUCGAGGGGGAGGCACACUUUCUGGCAAACGUUUCUCAAAUCUGCUUCAUCCAAUGUGAAGUUCAUCUUGCAGCAUUUACUAUGCACAACAGAGUAACUAUUGAAAUGACGGUGUUAAUUUUGCUAACUGGGUUAAAUAUUUUGCUAACUGGUUAAACAUUAAUAUUUACCAAAGUAGAACUCUGAGGGUGGGAGUGCUGCUCUCUCGGAGGGAGGGUGGGAGUGCUGCUCUAAAUUGGCACUGGCUCCACUAUCAUUUGACUUUAGGAUUCUGGUGUUUGGUUUCUUCAUUCUUUACUGCACUCAGAUUUAAGCCUUACAAAGGGAAAGCCUCCGGCCGUCACAUGUAGGACGCAUGAAGGUCACUCGUCGUCAGGCUGACAUGCUCACACAUUACAACCGUAGAGAGGGAAAAUCCUAAGACAGAGGAACUCCAGAGAUGAGUGUCUGGAGCACUUCAGUUCAGCUUUAAAGGCCAGGACAGUCUGGCCACACGCGGCUGGCGGCCUCGUUCCAGUGGCGGCGUGUCCUUGGGCGUCUCAUGCUCUGCGGCUCAAGGGCUGGCACUUUUUUAAAUAUAAAAAUGGGUGUUAUUUUUAUUUUUUUUUGUAAAGUGAUUUUCGGUCUUCUGUUGACAUUCGGGGUGAUCCUGUUCUGCGCUGUGUACAAUGUGAGAUAGGUGCUUCUCGUGAUGUUUCGCCGCGGCUUGGGGAUUGUACACAGGACCGGCUCACGUAAUGCAUUGCCUGUAACAAUGUAAUAAAAAGCCUCUUUCUUUUU